AUGUGGAUCGCUCACUAUGCCUCGGGCUUGAUUGCAAAGCCAUUCGCGCCAGACGUUCCCCUCUCGUUGUUGGCUCUCGCCGGCGCACUUCCAGAUGCAUUCUUCUUCGUUCUCAACCUUGGCGGCCUCGAAUCUUUUUCCAUAUCUUCCAAAGUCCUGCGUAAAGGAGGUUGUUUUCCCUACAAUGCCGACUAUCCGUUUUCGCAUUCCCUGCUUGGCAUGGGCUAUGACUUUGUGACCUCGAGGAACAUCAUAACAGGCUCCAUCUUGGCCUUUGGCUAUUCCGCUACCAAGAAGAAAGCGUCGGUCCAAGACAUGCUUGCUAUUGUCAUGUGCUCCCUCAGUCAUUUCUUGCUCGAAGUGCCUACGCAUCGACAUGACACUAAGAUCACCCCGACGGACAAUAUUGAACUCGGCGCAGGGUUAUUUGAUUAUCCAUCAGCCACACUCGCUGUUGAACUCGCAAUCUUCUUCGGAGGCCUCUGGGAGGGUCAACGUUGGAGGUUAUACGCUCUAAGUAUCUUCAUGAUUGCGCAGCAGAUUCACUUCUGCUAUGGCUCUGCCCCAACGUCAGAGACACGUUUUGUUCAUGCACCAAUGUUCUUGUUCAACAUCCUCCUCAGCUGUUGGGCCCUGGGCAAGCUCGAAAGCUAA